AUGUUUAUAAAAGAUAAAAUAGAAUUAGCAUUAUAUCUUUAAGGAGAAAAUCAAUAGAUUGGCAAUUUAAAUUUAUUAAAGGAAUUAAUUAGAACAGAAUAUGACAAAAUCAUUUCAAAUAAUAUUUUAUAUUUAUACUAUGAAAUUAGAUCAAUUAAAAAAGAUGAAGCGACGGCAAAAAAAAUCUUAAGAAAACUCCUUACUUUUGGAGUUGAAUCUUUAUAAAUUUUAUAAAAAAUGGAAGUUUGCGAUCUUGAGAUUUGCGAUCUUAAAGAAUUUAAUAGUCAAACUCACCUUAACCCUGAUUUUUAAUCUUUUAUAUAUGAAAACUUUAUGGCUAAUAAUCUUAAUAUUGAUAGUUCAAUAAAUUUUUUAAAAUCUAAUAAAAUAUUUACUUUAGAAGAGUUUUAUAAAAUAGAUGCCAAGUAUGUCCAGGAUAAUUUCUAAUUGUAAAAAUAUAAAUUUUUAGAAUUACGAGAAGAAUAUUGCAAUACUCAAAAGAGUAAUAAUUAAAAAGAGAAUCCGAUUAAAAAUUACAAAUUAGCUAAUUAGAACUUGAAUUUGCCUAUUAAUUCAAUUUAUAAAAGUUCAAACAGUCUUAAUUUGUAAGAAAAUGCUAAUAAUAUUGAAGACUGUAAUGUUACGAUUUAAAAAAUUUAAACUUAGGUUGAUUUUAUUCAAUAAAGUAGAAUAAUUAAAAAAAUAGGUAAUAUAUCUAUUAAAUAAUUCCCAAAUUAUUCAGAAUAUUUUGCUAAACAACCUAAUGAGAUUAAAACUAUCUUAUUAUUUGGAUAAACUGGAGCAGGAAAAACUAGUUUAAUAAAUUUAAUUCUUAAUUAUCAUUUUAAAAUAUAGUUUGAGGAUAAUUUUCGAUUAAUAUUUAAUGAUUGUUCGAAUAGUGAUAAAACGAAAGAAAUUAAAACUUACUAUAUUCCACCUUUUAACGAUAAACCAGAAUUAUUAAUUAUUGAUACGCCAGGCUUUGGAUCUGUAAAUGAUGAAACAUUAAGUAAAUAGAUUUUAAACUUUUUAAUGUCUUAAUUAUAUAUUACUUUAAUUUGUUUUGUUACUCCAGCAUCAAUACCUCGUUUGUCAGUACAAGAACAUUCUGUAUUAAAUUAUGUUUAGCAAAUGUUUGGAAUUAAUUUUGUUAAUAAUUGCAUUUUUACAUUUACAUUUUGUGAUUAAGGACAACCUUAAGCUUUACAAUCUCUAACCUUUAAGGGAGAUUAUUAUUAAAAGGAAAGCCCAGUUGCUUAGUUAAUCUCUAAAAUGGGAGAAAAUUGGUGGAUUAAGCUAAAUAAUUAAUCAUUAUUGACUGAAAAUUCUGGAGAAGAUAUUAAUCUUUAAUUAAAUUAGAUGCAAUGGAAUAAAAAUAUGAAUAGCUUAAAGUAAUUAUAUCAAAAUAAGUUACUGGUUUCAAAAAAUGUAAAUUGCCUAGUUUUUAAAUAAAAUUAAUUCCAAAUCAAUAAUAAAUUAGAAGGCACUUUCCAAUAUCAUAAAAAUGUGUUAAUAAUUUUAAUUCCUUAUCUUGAAAAAAUAAAAUUUAGUUUUAAAUCCCAUUAGAAUAAUGUUAAAUAAAACUAUUAGUUUGACAUAAAAGUGUUAGAAAAUUGUAAAGAAAAUUAGUAAGAUUAUGCCAUCAAUUGUAAUAAAUGUCAGACCACUUGCUUUUUUCCUUUAAAGGUAUCUGAUUCAAUUUCAACUUUUUUUAAGUUUUUGAAUAACCAAAAUUAAUGCAUUUGUUCAUGUUAAUAGAUGGAUCAUUUUUUAGAAAGAUUUAGAUAUAAUUUUUAAGAAAAAUCAAUUUAAAUACAUAAGGCUGAAAAUAAAAAGAGAGGAAAUUUUUACAAUAUAUGGCAAACUGAAAUUGCUGAGUUAUACAUUAACCAUUUAAGAAAUUGGCAAAAUAUAUUUUGGAAAAUGGUCUUAUGUUAUAUUAACAUGUUAAACUUGUAAUACACUCCUGUUUACAAUCUAGAAGUUGAUUUUUAAGCAUUGGUAGAUAUUGAGAAAAAAAGAAAUAUGAAUUACUUUAAAGAAAUAACAGACAGAAAUAUUAGUUGGAUAUUAGCUGAUAUAAAAUGGGCCACAUUAGAGCAUAUAACUUAAGAUUAAGCUAUAGAAUAUAUGAAAUGA